UGAUUUUUGCCUAUUUCGUCUCCUUUUUUUCUAUUUCUCUCUCCCCAUCACAAAAGAGGAAGAACCCUAGAGAGCUAUUUUUCAACCUGCAAGCAUUGAAGGUGGUGUUUUGACCUUCUAAACGAUGAGUUUAUUAAGGAUUAGGCUUUGCUAGCAGGCAAUGUGGUAGAUGGGUUGAACGGGAAGAAAACAAAGAUUACAUUUUAUCAGUGAUUAUUCUUCCUUUAUAGAUAUAAUGGAUGACGAUAGCGGAUUGAACAUCCGUAAUUGGGGUUAUUAUGAAUCCUCCCUUAAAGGGCAUCUCGGUCUACAGCUCAUGUCGACCGUGGCAGAGCGAGACACUAAAUCUCUUCUCACAGGACGUGAAUCCGCCGUCAUGGUUAGUGCCAAUGGAACUUUUCAUCAUAGAGACUGUGGGGUUUCAGAAGCACCAGUUCCCAUGGAUUUUGUGAGAGAUGGUUGGAUGAACCAGAGAGAUAAGUUUCUGCAUGUGUUACCAGGUAAUCCCAAUUUUGCUGUUCUAUCAGAAGCAUCUGGAGCUCAUCCCCUGCAAAUGCUUCAGCAACCUGAUGCAUCAAAGGAUGAUAGGUUGAUUCAUAUGGAAGAGGAGGUUGGUAAAAAGGAGGCACCUUUGAAGAAAAGGCAAGGUGGCCGCACCGCAAACACCCCAAAGUCUCCAAAACCAAAGAAGAGUAAACGGGCCCCUGGUGUGCCCAAGGAUGAGAGUAAUUCUUCUGUUCCAAGAGCAAAGUCUGGGAAGAAGAACACUGGAUUUGUGAACACUGGAGUUGUCAUAAAUGGGGUUGAUAUGGAUAUUUCAGGUAUUCCGAUACCAAUUUGUUCAUGCACUGGAACUCCUCAACAGUGUUAUCGAUGGGGAUGUGGUGGGUGGCAAUCAGCUUGCUGUACUACUAGCAUAUCUAUGUAUCCCUUACCAAUGAGUACCAAAAGGCGUGGUGCGAGGAUAGCGGGACGGAAAAUGAGCCAGGGAGCUUUUAAGAAGGUAUUGGAGAAACUUGCUGCUGAAGGCUAUAACCUGUCUAAUCCUAUUGAUUUGAGGACUCACUGGGCAAAACAUGGUACCAACAAAUUUGUCACCAUCAGGUAGAUGUACAAUGUGGAUACCAUAACUGGGCCUCCAAUUGCAUUUGGUCUGUUUCUCCUGUAUAUAUACUUGUGGCCUGUUGCAGAGGCUUUUCGGAUAUUGUGUAGUCAAAUGAAUUUUCUGUCCUGUUACAUGUCUUUUAAAUUCAGACGCUCAGCUUCCCUGGACAUGUGGUCCUUUUCUUUCCUCACUGUAGUUUAUGAGUUAUCAGUCUUAUCUUGCUGCCAGGAUUUAGGAGAUAAUGAAUGAGAUUUAAUUUCUUGGAUCCUUGUAGGACAAUUUACUUAUGCAUUACUUUUUCCAGAAUUGUUAUCAACAGAACAGAUUUUGUGUUGGUA